AUGGGCCAAUUUGCGACCCAAUUGAACGCGAGGCCAGCCGGUACACUACCGUCAAAUACGGAAGACCCUCGAAAAGGCGCCAACGAACAAUGCAAAGCCGUCAGUUUGAGGAAUGGAAGACAAUUAGAAGAAGUGGCGAAGAAGGCAACAAGCAAGGAUGGGAAGGAGCAGCAAGAAAAAGAAGCGGAGACUCUGACAGAUUCACCAGGUGAGAAAAGGGUCGUUGCGCCUAAGCCGACCCCUCAGGUACCUUAUCCUCAACGCCAGAUAAAAGCGAAAAAUGAGUCGUAUUACAAAAGUUUUCUUGAGCAAUUGAAUGAAUUACAUAUUAAUAUUCCUUUUACUCGAGCACUUGAACUAAUGCCUCAUUGGGUGAAAUUUUUGAAAGACAUGGUAUCAAAGAAACGGAAAUUCGGUGAACAUGAGAUGAUAGCUUUAACCGAACAAUGCAGUGCCAUUCUUACUCGCCCAAUUCCACCAAAGCUUGGAGACCCGGGUAAGUUUACGAUUCCAGUCGCGAUCGGAGAUUUUGUAGUUCUUGAUACGGAAGAAGAUAAAGAAAUUCCCUUGAUUUUGGGAAGACCUUUUUUGAGAACGGGUAGAACUAUAAUUGAUGUGUAUAACGGAAUUUUAUCUAUGUCUUUGGGGGAUGAAACGAUUAAAUUUGAUGUUUUCCGUACAAUGAAACACCCUCAAGAGGUUGAUGAAUGCUUUGCUUUUGAUGUGUUGGAUCAAUUGAAUUUUGAUUUUGUUGAACCUUUAAUUGCGGAUCCGUUGGAAGCAUCUUUGUGUGUAGGAACAUCAGUUGAAGAAGAAGAAGUGACCGAACAAUUAUGUUGGUUGGAUUCGGCAAAGCCGCUGUCAAGACCACGAUUUGAGAGUUUGGAGACGGAGAUCCCGUUAUCUGUCACUUUUAAGCCUUCAGUGAUCGAACCUCCGAAACUUGAGCUUAAAGUUUUACCAUCUCAUUUAAAAUAUAUGUAUCUUGGAGCUCAUGAGACCUUACCUGUUAUUAUUUCUUCAUCUUUGACAGGUCUACAUGAAAAGAGACUUUUGGAGGUCUUGCGAGAACACAAGCUUGCACUUGGAUGGACAAUUGCCGACAUCAAGGGCAUAAGUCCAACUUUUUGCAUGCACAAGAUCAUAUUGGAGGAGAGCCAUAAAUCUUCGGUGGAACAACAGAGGCGAUUGAACCCCAUCAUGAAGGAAGUUGUGAAGAAAGAAAUCAUCAAGUGGCUUGACGCAGGUAUUAUUUUUCCUAUUUCCUAUAGUGCGUGGGUUAGUCCGGUACAAUGUGUACCCAAGAAGGGGGGAAUGACUGUUAUAAAAAACGAAAAAAAUGAAUUAAUCCCUUCUAGGACAGUAACGGGUUGGCGAAUUUGCAUGGAUUAUAGAAAAUUGAAUAAAGCCACUCGAAAAGAUCACUUCCCGUUGCCCUUUAUUGAUCAAAUGCUUGAUAGGCUAGCUACCUUUGCUUUUAGACGUAUGCCUUUUGGUUUGUGCAAUGCUCCUGCUACUUUUCAACGUUGUAUGAUGGCAAUUUUUACGGACAUGGUUGAAUGUGGUCUUGAAAUUUCUAUGGAUGAUUUUUCUGUCUUCGGUGAUACGUAUGACACUUGUCUCCAAAUACUGGCUAAGGUUCUUCGCAGGUGUGAAGAGACAAACUUGGUGCUCAACUGGGAAAAGUGCCACUUUAUGGUGCAAGAGGGGAUUGUGCUAGGACACAAGGUGUCAAAGAAGGGGUUAGAAGUCGAUCGAGCAAAAAUCGAGACAAUCGAGAAACUACCGCCACCAAUUUCCGUAAAGGGAAUUCGAAGUUUCUUGGGACAUGCGGGAUUCUAUAGGCGGUUCAUCAAAGAUUUCUCCAAGGUAGCCAAACCAUUGUGCAAUUUGUUGGAGAAGGACGUCAAAUUCGAUUUCAAUGACGAAUGCCUCAAAGCCUUCGACGACUUGAAAACAAGGUUAGUAACCGCCCCUAUUAUUGUUGUACCCGAUUGGAAUGAACCU